AUGGAAAUACAACAGCAAAAACAAAGACAGAUGGAAAUACAGUUGGUGACGUUUAUGGCGAGAUUUCCUCCAACUCCACCUCCGGAUGAGUUUGGCACUUCGUUUUUGGGUUCUAUUGAAGAAUAUAUGGAAGCUCACACCGGAAUUUACAUCUUCGAGUACGUGGAAAAAUAUAUAAAUGAAAUUGGACCUCAACAUGUUGUUCAAGUAGUGACGGACAACGCCACAAACAAUAUGACAGCAGCUGAGCUUUUGAAGGUAAAACAACCUCAUGUUUUUUGGACUUCUUGUGCAACUCAUACAAUUAAUCUCAUGCUUGAAGCAAUAGGAAAACUAUCAAAGUUUAGUGGAGUGCUAGAGAAAACAAAAGCUCUAACAAUAUUUAUAUAUGCACAUCAUAGAACUUUGGCAAUUAUGAGGAAAUAUACUAAGAAAAGGGAUAUUGUGAGGCCUGGGGUGACUAGAUUUGCCACCUCCUUUUUGACAUUGGAAAGUCUCAAAGGAAAGAAAGAUCAAUUGAGACUUAUGUUUACAUCUGAUGAGUGGAGCAAAACAAAAUUACGGACUACUUUGAAAGGUAAAGCGGCGGAGGCUACAGUAACAAGCAUUUCAUUUUGGAAUGGGGUUUCUUUGGCUUUGAAUGUUUUCACCCCUUUAGUGAAAGUUCUACGUCUUGUUGAUGGUGACAAAAAACCCUCAAUGGCAUUUUUAUUUGGAGCACUUGAACAAGCCAAGGAAGAGGUAAAAAAAAACUUCAAAAAAGAAGAAAAUGCCAUCCCUAUCUUGAAGAUUGUUGAUACAAAGUCCAAGGGUAGACUUGAUAGCCCUUUGCAUUACACUACUUAUUUAUUGAAUCCAUUUUUUUACUUCAAAGAUUCAAGCAUACAUAACGAUGCCAAUGUUAUGAAUGAGUUCUUGAAUUGUGUUGAUAAAGUUUUUUCUACCGAUACGAAUAUGCAAUCUAUCAUCUCCAAUGUAGAAUUGUUGAACUAUAAGAACAAAUCUGGAAAUUUUAGUAGGAAAAUGGCGAUUGCAGCAUAUGAGAAGGUGGAUGUGUAUCAUGAUUUUGAUCCGGUUGGAUGGUGGUCCAAUUAUGGUGGUGACACUCCAAACUUGCAAAGAAUGGCAAUGAGAUUUCUUUCAUUGACUAGUAGUUCAUCGGGGUGUGAAAGAAAUUGGAGCCAAUUUGAAGGGCUUGUUGAGGGUGGCGAUGAAGAUCAGGUCGAGCCAGGUUCAGGACUUACUUGGAAGAUGGUGGCAGAGGCUUCAGGGGCAGAUGAAGUACUAAGACCAAGGAGGGUGAAAGGAGAAUCACUAUUAGAGAACUUGACGAGGAUUUAG